AUGGAAUACGUAAGCCCUGAAGGUCUGCGAUUAGAUGGUCGCCGAUUCAAUGAGAUGAGACAAAUCGUAGCUGAAAUUGGAGUGGUUUCUAAAGCUGAUGGUUCUGCUGUUUUUGAGAUGGGUAAUACGAAAGUAAUUGCAGCUGUUUAUGGCCCAAGAGAGAUUCAAAACAAGAGCCAACAACUAAAGCAUGAUCGUGCAUUGGUGUUGUGUGAGUAUAGUAUGGCUCAGUUUAGUACUGGUGAUCGUAGAAGACAGAAACAGGACAGGCGAACAACUGAGCUAUCAUUAGUCAUCCGUCAGACAAUGGAAGCGUGUAUAUUAACGGAACUGAUGCCUCAUUCUCAGAUUGACAUUUUCCUUCAGGUUCUACAAGCUGAUGGAGGAACACGAUCAGCUUGUAUCAAUGCCGCGACUCUAGCUCUUGCAGAUGCUGGAAUUCCAAUGCGUGAUCUUGCUGUCUCCUGUAGUGCUGGAUACCUAAACAGUACUCCUCUUCUCGAUCUUAACUAUGUCGAAGAUAGCGCUGGAGGAGCUGAUGUAACUGUCGGUAUUCUACCUAAAACAGACAAAAUGGAUGCAAAGUUACCGAUGGAAACAUUUGAAACGGUGUUUGCGCUAGCUUCUGAGGGUUGCAAGGCAAUUGCAGAGAGAAUACGCGAGGUACUUGAAGAAAACACCAAACAGCUAGAGUAUCGUCGAGCUGCAUAA